ACAUCACACAUGACCAUGAAUUCUAUCGUACUGUUGGUUCUUGUGACAAGCGCGACUGUUUUCUGUCAAAACCAUGGACAUGGACAUAGUGAAUGGACGGAAGCUCAGUAUCAGCAGCAUAUACAGGAACUUUGGACCGUUAAUAACUAUGAUAAUAAUGACGUCUUCUCAUUGGCGGAACUACAUGAUGCAUUUGCGUACUACGAUUUCAAUAAAGAUGGACAAAUAAGUCGUCAUGAGUACACUUCCUUCGUCGGGUCUCAAGCUCCAGAACUGCUAAGUUAUGCGCAUGCGCUGUAUGAUAUCUACGAUGCCAACGGUGACCAUCAUCUAAGACGUGAAGAUUUAGACGCUCUUUACGCCAAAAUGGAUAUGGAUGGUGAUGGUACGGUAAGCAAGGCUGAUUUCUUCGCAUUUUGGCACCAGACAUUGGUCGCUCAUGCUCACCUCCACGGACAUGGUCAACAUCUUGUUGGUUAGAAAUCGUCAGCUUGUUAAUGAUUAUCUUUCUGUUGCCCAAUAAUUGUUCAAGCAUUGUACAUUAAAAUCUAAAAGUUG